AUGGUUUUUUUUGAAGCUAACGACUGGAGUCGAUCCCUUAAGCGACUAGCUAAAUCAGCCGAGCUCAAGUUACAUGCCUUGACUCUCCAAAUGCAUACUGCUCAUGUCUUGUCGGCCCACGAGGCUCUUCAAGUACGAAAUGCAACUAUCGAAGAUAUCAAAGCGCAGAAGAACUGGCUUGAAAGUGAAAGGACUAGUUUAUUGAGCCAACUUCAACAAGUUACUGAGGACCGUCAAAAGGUAUUUCACCGAAGUCGUUCUGCCUGGACAGUGCUAAGGGCGUCUUCACCUAGACGAACUGAAUUCCAACAUAAGAUUCAAAGCAUCAAAGAAGGUGAAUAUGCCGCACUGAAGCAGCAAGUUGACUCGCUUCGAGCAGAGCUCGGCAUGACACCCAUUCGUUCAUUACAAUCUCUGCUGGAUGAGAAGUCAGCUGCGUGA